GCCCCCCCGGGCCGUUCGGCCGGCGCCCGCCUGCUAUCCUGGUCCUGUCGCCCUCGCGCCGCCUCAGCGCCCCGGGAGCUCUCAGCCCACUCCGGUCAUGUGAUGGCGAACGUAACGGAACGUGCAGCAACCGUUUGGCAGUUUGGUUCGAGGGGAGGGGGAAGGCGGCGGCGCGGCGCGGAGCUUCGGUCGGUCUCUCUCUCUCUCUCUGGGCUGCGCAACAGCGAAGAAAACCCGAGCGGGGGAGGGGAAGACAGAGGAACGGAGCUUGUGGUGGGGAGGGGGGGGAGGAAAAAAAACGAAAACCGGAGUCGUCUUUUUCAUACGUGUACACACACAAACCGUCAGCCCCCAACCCCCACUUUCCUCCUCCACCCGACACCGGAGCUGGAGCAAGCAGGGUCUAAAUAUGGAAUUGGCUAAUCAUGGUCUAAUCCUGCUGCAACAACUCAAUGCCCAGCGAGAAUUUGGUUUCUUAUGUGACUGCACAGUGGCUAUUGGUGAUGUCUAUUUCAAGGCACACAAGGCAGUGCUUGCCUCUUUCUCCAAUUACUUCAAAAUGCUAUUCAUCCAUCAAACCAGUGACUGUGUCCGUCUGAAACCAACUGAUAUUCAGCCAGAUAUCUUUAGCUACCUCCUGCAUUUAAUGUACACUGGGAAAAUGGCUCCCCAGAUCAUUGAUCCUGUCCGUCUCGAGCAGGGAAUUAAGUUCCUACAUGCAUACCCACUGGUACAGGAAGCCAGCUUAGCCAGCCACGGAGCAGUUCCUCGUCCUGAUCAGGUUUUCGCCUGGACAUCAUCACUGUAUGGCAUCCAGAUUGCAGAUAAUCAAACCACGUCUCAGAGUAGGUUAUCAGCUGCAGAAAAGUCUUGUCGAGAGCCCAGGUCACAUGUUCAUCCUUCUCGGAUGGAGCAAGAACGAGGUUCAGAAGCCAACCAGCAGCAUCCCCAGGGUGCACAGAUUCUUCAGCCUUCUCAACAUAUUGGGCAGACAUCUGCAGCAACUUCAGGGACACAACAAGGAUUGACUUCUGCGACUGGCCCCCCAGCAGCUGAAGAACGAUGUGAAAAUAUCCCUGUAUUAGACGGGCAGCCAGGAAUACAUGCAAUAGCUCAUGUUAAACCCAGUAUUAUGAAAAGGAACAGUGGCUUUCCCAAGUUUUAUGUCUGUCAUCUUUGUGGCAGAAGGUUCACUCUACGAAGCAGCCUACGUGAGCAUCUGCAGCUCCACACAGGAAUGUCACUUCCAGUUGCCAACCCAGCAGGAAUGAAUAUGCUAGGACAAUUGGUAGAACCUGGAAAACCUACAAAAGAUUCUGAGGAAAUACCUGAAGCAGAAGUAAUUAGUGAUGGUGAACUACAGCAGAAAAAUGAUUCACCAAUGGCAGAUGGCCAACUGCAAGCUGAAACACCACCCCCAUCAGACAUUGCAGACAUUGACAACAUAGAGCUAGGGGAUCAAGAUAGAGAAGUGAAAAGACGAAAAUAUGAAUGCUCCAUCUGCGGACGUAAAUUCAUCCAGAAAAGUCACUGGCGAGAGCAUAUGUAUAUUCACACAGGCAAACCGUACAAGUGUAGUACCUGUGAUAAAACAUUUUGUAGAGCCAACCAGGCUGCCAGGCAUGUGUGCCUUAACCAGAAUUCUGAUACUUAUAUGAUGGUGGAUAAUAAGCAAGCAAUGCUUACUGAAGGUUCCUCUGAAGAAACAAGUCAGUCACUAAUGGAUCCAGUGUACUUGGCAACAAGCCAAUCAAACCAGUCCUAUAAGUGCAAUCUGUGUGAUAAAAGCUUCUCGACUGCUAGUGAAGCUGUUCGGCAUUCAUGUCAGAACCAAAAUUCUGAUACCUUUGUUUUGAUGGAAGGCCAACCAGCAGUUCAAGGGGAAGGCUCUUCAGAAGCUUGUGAAGUGACAGAAGUGAGCCAGUCAUUGUCAGAAACAGUGCAUAACAUGGAAGAUGGUCAGGCUGUUUUAGUAGAAUGAAAACUGUGUUCAUUUACACACUUUUCAAUGUGUUUCUUAUGUACAAUUUAAAACUGAGUUCUUAAAUAUGAGAAUGUUAAAAGUUUAUUUUCUAAAUUAGAUCUAAGCUUUCUUCUCUGGUAAAAGCAUGUCAUUCAUUAUCCAAGGAUCUUGUUACUUUUAAAAUGAAAAUUCAGGUGGCAUCAUUGUAUCAGUCAGUGUUUGCACUAGAAUUCAGACUAGCCCCUGUCAAUCAUGAGCUGCUUCAGGACCAGGUUAGUAUAUUAAAAAAAAAAUCAAUGUGCAUUGUUCUUUACUUGUGCUGGCGUUGCCUAAUGAGUACAUCCUUUGCAAAAUGGAUUGAUUAGGAAAUUAAAUCACGCUAUUCCAAAUGCAUAGAAGUUAUCACAUGAUAUUUAUAUGCCUCACCAGACUACUUUUUGCUUAGUGGCCCUGAACCAACGACAGUCUCAAAGAAAUGAAUAAAUUCAUGUUGUGUUCUGUGGAUGUGUACUCAAACUAAAAGUUUCCCGAUUUGAGUGAAACGUUGGUGACUGACAGUUUCAAGGAGUCACAGUGCAGCAGUUGACAUUUUGUGAUUAAGUUUAAAAACUCCUGUUUUCUCAAAAGGGAUGCAAGAGGUGUUGAUAAAUGUUGUUAUGCUUCGCUAAUUAUCAACUAAUCACUGAGUAUAUCCCAACUGUUGGUAGUGUAUUGCUGCAAAUAAUGAAUCAUAAACAAUAAACAGAACAUGGCAUUGCUGAUCCAAUAAUGAAUCCGGUGUAUGGGUAUACCCUGGGUGAAGUUGGCAUAUGACUAAUUUGUUGAAUAACAAUUCCAUCAAUGUUAUUGGCAAAGAAAGAUGGACGAACCUGGGAGGGUGAAAGUAUUGCAGUAACUCCUAUGUCAACUAGAAUGCCCUUCUAAUGAGUGAAUCAUAUAUAUGAAAAGUAUUUCAUAGUUAGAACUUGCUUGAUAUAGUAUUAAAUACAAAUUGCUCACAUUUGGAAAUUUUGUUUCUUAGAUUUUCGAGACCUGUUUUCCAGUGUGAUAGAACAAAGUAGUGCUCUGGUGCUCCAUGUUCUUCCCUACUCACUUGUAUAAUCUUGUUUUUAAAAUGUUCAGUGUAAAUCUGAAUAUAACUUUUACCUCACUUAUUUGCAAUUUGCUCCUUGACAUGUCUGUAAUUUGCUUUGAAGAGUAGGAAUUGGGGUGGGGGUUGACUAUCAGAGUACAUCUAUGCAUGCUGACUUCAAAGUACAGUAGUAGUAUUUGUAACUUUAACUUGUUUUACAGAAAUAGUAAUUGCAUUAUUUAUUCUGUGUGGUAUGUCUUUUAUACAUUUUAGAGUUUUUAAUAAAUACUGGGAAAAAAAUUCAAAAUUGAAGAAUAGGAUCCCUUAACGAAAAACAUGUAUCCUUUUAUCAUUUACAGAUUAACCAAAUCGAAAAUUUGUAAUCUGUUUUAAAACAAAAUUGCAGUAACAUUGCUGUCUGAAGGGGGGCAAGGGAGGUCUCUGCUGCAAAAAUAAACUGUCACAUUUGACGUCUUCAGAUUAUUUACUAAGUGUUCACAUGUACCAAAAAUGUCAGCACUUGUCCUGUAUUAUUCGUGUUGAAAUUUACUUUUUCCCCACGAAGUUGCAUUUGCAACAUUGAACUAGACUGGAGCAAAAGUGACAAUUUUUUUUAAUGUCCUGUUACAUUGAUAAAUGAAUUUUAAGAAAUAUGCUUGCAAUUUUUUUUACAGUUAGACAAUUUUAAUUUGCUGAUUAGCAUGUAUUCUAAUACAAUUCCGUACUGUACUAGUUGGAUUAGUUAGUACCAAUAGUGUUGAGUGCUGUUGUCAUAAACAUGCACUAAAACCAGUCUUUGAAGUACACAUGAAUAAACAUGAUUCUCAAAUGAAAUGACCAAUUUUAAUGAAAGGGUACAAUAGAGUGGUACAUUGGGAGCUGUUACUUAUAAAUGCUAGUGUUACAAGAAACAUUGAACCCCAACAUGUUUUGUUUUACUGUUUAUUAUUUGUAGUUUUAUAUCAAUAUAGUUAUUUAACCACUUGUUGCUCAGUAAAUCCCGAGAUAUGCAAAAGUAUUACUUUCAGAAUUCUAAAACACAUUCAUGAAAUUUCAAGAAAUAAUGUAUGUAAAUUGCUCUGUUACAAGUUUCAUAUAGACUUAGAAUCAAUAUUUGAAAUAAAGUUCAACUGCCUUAAAAUACUUAAAAGCAUAACCAUGAUACUCAGUGUCAAAUCUAUUAUUUGCAUUUUCAAAUAAAGUGUAGUUUUUUUAAAAUCAGUAUUUUGUAAAGUUUGUUUCAAAAAGAGAAUAUAAUGUAGUUUAGUCUUGUAAAACACGUCCCACGAGGAAAUUACAUUCCUUUGUUAUAAUGAAGAAUAAAUAAUACACUGUAAUAUUCUUGACCAAAUCAAAUGGAAGUUGACCAGUUUAAUUGGAGAAAUAAAGGUUUCUUUUGGCCCACUUUCAAUUUUUUUAAGAUGUUCUAAUUGUGUUUUUUGAAUAUGUUGAUAGCAGAGUCAAACUUUACUUGAAUUUCAAAUUGCAGGAGUUUGAAGCAUUGUUUUCUGUGAUGUCAUCUGCAGUUGCGCUCCUUACCAACAUUGUCAGAAUUUGAAAUGCAUUGUACAGUGUUGCCUUUUUUGUGUAAUUUUUAAUUUGCUGCUUGAAAGCUAACCAGUUCACUGUAUAGGUGGAAGCCUUAUUUGACAAAGCAUACAUGCAAAUUCCUUAUCCUUGCUGUAUACAGUAAUAGACUACAGCUAAGUUGGAAAAGAGUUGUGUAUGUCUUGUUGAUUAAGCCACAGCUCUAAAUUUUAGCCUUAUGUUUUCAAUGACUUGCCAUUGUGUUUAGUCCUAAAUACACAAACUGAAUACACAUCGCACCUGUAUUUGUCUUUAUUCCAUGCCACAACUUUACUGUUAAAGUAAAAAAUUUUGUUAGUCAAUAUCUGUAUAAUGUGUGAUACAACGCUGCCAAUACCAAAGACUUGAAUAAAACGAGCUUGGUAGGAACUGGAAA